AUGCACAAGGAUCACGAUGUUAUAAUGUGCUCAGAUUUUGCUUCGCAUAAGGACCGUGAAGAGGCUGCUAAUCUUAUAGCUGAUGCUGCUUACAGAGCUCGCUCUCACGUUGAAAAAAUUAAUGGAAUUCAUGAACAGUUUAAUCGUGGAUUUGACUCUAUUAAACAGAAAUUGCAAAACAAUCUUGAACCUUUUGAAGCUUUUCAUCUUGAAUGUUACGACAGUGAGUCCCACCAUUUAAAAGAAGAAUUGGAAGAGAAAGUGCGUAAAGCUAAACAAUUGGGUGACCGUUUUUCAAUGACUUAUUCUGAACUUGAGAAAAUUGCAAAAAGUGCAAAUCGUUAUUUCAAUUCAAUCAAUUCCGCUCCCGAUUUUGAUCAUCAAAAACGUGCUUGUUCUUUCUUUUUGGAUGACGCUGGACCUUCAACUUCUACAAAUAUGUUGACUCCAUUUAUGCUUUCUAAUACUUUUGCCUACAAUUCGGAUAGAAAUCAGCGUCAACAAAAACGUAAACCUCGACAACGCCACUUAAAUUCUCCACGUAUUGAUCCUCGACUUGUUUUGCGUGCUAAUCCUCCUGUUUCUGAUGAUUCUACAAAUAUUUUGGAAUUGAGUUAA